UGCAAUUUAAUUCAAUGUACUGUCGUUCUAAUUUCCAUAACCGUUGUGUUAUGAUGAUGAUGAUGCUAGCUCCAGGGUCAUUUAAUAUGCCUAUUGCUGCCAUGUUUCUUUUACGCGGCUGAAAAUAACCGUGCUUUCUGUUACUGAGCCUGUGUCUGUCACUCGUCCUCAUAAAAGUGGAAGCUUGUGCGUAGCUUUGUUGCAUUAUAUUGAAACUUUGUUGAUGUUGUUAUUGUCAUGCGUGUUCUGGUUAUUUGCGCAUGAUUAAACAUGAGUCUUUAUAUGGCGAUAAAACAAAGCUUUGUUGCGUUUUUUUUUUUUUUUUUUUUUUGAAGUGGGGAUUGGGGGUGUGCCAACCCGGUUGGGACAUAGAAGGGGGUGCGCAGGAAAAAAAGUUUGGGAACCGCUGGUCUAGCCUGUUCUCUCUGUCCCUCCCCUUUCCCCAUACACACAGGAGACAGCAGAGUUUUUAUUUAAAUUUUAAAUGAAUGCGCGCGAGUUGCGACCGAUGGUGACUGACUGGACUGUAGGAGAGUUUUUUGGAGGAACAAAUGCCUGGGACAAAGUGGGCGAAAUACGGAAAGAAAUAUAACAAAGACUGGGAGAAAGAGAAAGGAGUAAAAGAAUGGAUUCAACCCGUCGUGGGGGACGACUCAAAAGCACUGUGCAGAGUAUGUAAGUGUGAAAUACGGACUUCGUACAACAUGCUAGCACAGAGAAACACAAAAAAAAUGCAGCACCGUUCUCCUCAAUGAGGCUUACGGACAUUGGCUUCGCGGUCUCCAAACAGAACGAGUCAAGACAGAGAGCUGAGCUGAAGGUGUGUUUGGUGCUGAUGAAAUGAAGAAAGAAGUGACAGAGGGAAAUUCUUUGACUCUACCGACUGCUCUUACUAAAACACAGAGUAGCGAUCAGAUAUUUUGGCUGUAUGGACCUCAGAAAACCAUCAUAGCUAAAAUUGCAAGAGGAAUUUACGAGACUGGUGGUGAUGAGAGAUUCGAAGGCAAUCUGGAGCUGGACAAACAGACUGGAUCUCUCACCAUCAAAAACAUCAGAAUAAUAAACACUGGACUUUAUCAGCUCGACUUCAACGGAGCCGUAUCCAGGGAAUUCAGUGUAACAGUCUAUGCUCGACUGCCCACACCUGAAAUUCUCUCUCCACAAUGUGCUCAAACACCAGCUGGGUCAUCAAGCCCAAAAUGUGUCUUUCAGUGUUCUGUGCAAACAUCAGACCAGGUGACUCUCUCUUGGUAUAAAGGAAACAGUUUAGUCUCCAGUAACAUCUCUAAUAUUUGCAGCAGAAUCUCUUUACCCCUGGAGGUAAAUUAUGAGGAUAAAAACCCCUACAGCUGCAUGGUGAACAAUCCCAUCAGCAACAAGACUAAACACCUGGACAUCACCCAACUCUGUCACAGAUGUGAUGGUUCAGGUCUGUCUCCAUGGAGUGUAGUAGGGAUAUCAAUUGGUGUUUUUCUGGUGGUGGUGGUGCUUGCAGCUGCUGGUCUUUACAACCACUUUAAACCAGAAAUGCAAAUAGGUUCAAUUAUACCUGAGACUGUUAAAUGUGUGGAGGGAACAUUUGCUUCCCUACCCUCUGGUGUUGUUGAAGUAAGGAGUGGUGAUCAGAUGCUGUGGACGUUUGAAAAUGAAAAGUCUCCUAUAGCUACAAUGAGUAAAAAUGACAAGAAGACCUAUUUCUAUGAUGAUAAGAGAUUCAGAGGCAGACUGCAGCUGGAUCAUCAGACUGGAUCUCUGAUCAUCAGAAACCUCAGAAAAACAGACUCUGGAGUUUAUCUUCUACAGAUCAAAAGCACAGGAGGGACCACAUACAGAAAAUAUAAAGUUAUUCUCAAUGGUAAAGUGGAGACGGUGUCAGUGAAGGAGGGAAGUGAUGUCACUCUACCAUUUGUUUAUCCGAUAAAGGAUGUGGAUCAUUUAAAGUGGCAGUUUGGAGAGGAGAGGAGUUUCAUAGCUUUGUUAAUAAAAGAGGACAAUGAACUCAAGUAUUCUGGUGAGAGAUUCAUAGACAGACUGGACCUGGACAAACAGACUGGAUCUCUGACCAUUAAGAACAUCAGACCUGAACACACUGGAAUUUAUACAGUAAAAAUAAGUUCACUUAUUUUAAAAGACACAUUUAAUGUUAUUUUUGAUGACUCCACUGAGGCCUCACGAAAUGAAUCAAUGAAUACAGGUUUCAUGGGUCGAAUCCAGAAGUGUUGUGGACUAUCAAGAAAUAGGGGUGUGUUCAGAGAUGAAAAGGAUGAAAUGAAGACUCUGACAGUGGAGGAGGGAGGUGUUCUCAUUCUAAACACUGAUACUCAAAUACAGACAGAUGAUGAGAUACUCUUGAGGUUUGGAACAUCUUUUGCGAAAAGACGCCCAUAUGUUACCAUAGCUAGAUUCAGUAAACAGGAUGAAUUUAAAUCUUCGGAGAGGGGAUUUAAAGAAAGACUGCGGCUGGAUCUCACUGGACCUCUCACCAUCACCAUCAAAAACAUCAAAUUCACAGAUUAUGGAGAUUAUUAUGUACAGAUUACCAACAAGAGAAAUAAGAGCUUCAAGUCUUUCACAUUCAUUGUUGUUGAUCCCAGUGGUGAUGCUGUGGAGUCAGUGCAGGGAAAAACUGUCAAUCUAAAAACUCACAUUACCGAUAUACAUAAAGAUGAUCAGAUACUGUGGACAUAUGGACCCCAUGCCAUGAUUAUAGCUGACAGCAAAGAUACCUCUAGAUGUGAUAAGAGAUUCAAAGAAAGAGUGGUGCUGGACAAGGAGACUGGAUUUUUGACCAUCAAAAGAACCAAAACCACAGACUCUGGAGAUUAUCAUCUACUGAUCAUCAGCAGCAGCAGAGUCAGAAAUCAGACAUUCAGUGUUACUGUUAAGGAUGCAAGUACAAGUCUGCAAAUAACGGAUGACAAUCCAUCUGACCAAAAUGAAGGCGAUGCUAUAAGGACCUGGUACGAUGAACUGGAUGAAAUGAUGUCAUGAGAGCACCAUCACUGUGAAAUCAUCACGAUUUCGGCUCUGCUACAGCAGCAAAACACUUUAUUUAUCAACCAUUUUCAUAUAUCAUGUUAAUAAUGUUACACUUCAUACCUGUUACACUAUUAGCAGUUUGAUUAUUUACUCUAGUUUUUGAUUUUGUGUGAUUUAUAGACAGUGAGCAACAAAUAUCAUAGAUUUGUUUUGUUCAGAAACAGUUCAGAAACAUCUUUGACUAAGUGUCUCAUUCAGUGAGUCAACUUCUGUAUUUUAUUUUAUUUUAGAAAUUAACCAGCUAACAUUGACAUUUUAAGCAUUUUGCUUUUCAUUUUAUUUAAACAUUAUGCCUUUAUUUGCUAUAUGAUUUUCUUUUUAAACAGUAUUAUGAUUAAACGUUAUCCAAAGAUAUGUUCUGAAGUGAAUCUGUUUCUCAUUCUCUAAUCUAACUCUGAUAUGAAUGUUAAAUUGAAAAUGUGAUCUUAAAAUUAGAGCGUUUGCAUUCAUGCUGAAUUAGCCUCAUUGCACUUGCAGCAAAAAAGAAAGGCUUUUGCACACCUCCAGUACUUAGUGUUAUGAUACCACAUUAUGUUGUGCUUUUAUUGCGCAUGUUUUAUUGUGUUCUGUGAGUAAUUUUGACAAAAGCAUCUGCUUCAUGUAAGAUAAUGAUAUACCACUGAUCUUUCUAUCUGAUCAUUUCUGUCCUCUAGUGGACAAACACUAACUCAGCCUUUGCUUUCUAACAGCUGUUUUCACAUUAAAACACAAGAAAAAUGUACCUAGAUAUACAUUUGUAUGUGAAUGAUACGAUAAUAAACAAUAAAAAAUGA